UAGCUAAUUUUGCAUUCGCGUAAGUAGGCCGGUGAAUUUGAACAACUGAAUUAACGAAAAAUGUCAGAACAAAUCGUCGUUUCCCACUUUCGUUCAACGGAUUUGAUUCAACCGUUGAAGGAACAACCGGACACGGUUCAUUUCAAUGGGACGUUCCAGAUACGACAGUUCAAGUCCAAUCCGGAUCUGGUGGCCCGCAAAGCUGUUGAGUACAACCGAUUUGAUCGUAUUCCAUCGCCUCCGGUUUGUGGUCCGCAAAUGUUGCUGAUGCAUCGGAAGAUGGAAAAACUGAAUCCGCCCGUUCGACGGGUUGCAAACACGUGUUUGUACGUCCGUCCAAGAUCGAUGGAAGGCAAAAACUGUGCAUUUAAGCAAGAGGAGAAUUGUGCACCGAGCAAUGAAACGGAUGAAAUCAGGAAGCUUUGUCAAGGAUUUGGUCAACAAAUGUCACUUUUGAAGUAAAAAUUAUGUUUGUCUGCAAAAACAGUCAUCACAAUAAACAAAAUGUGAUUAACAGAAA